AUGGAGAUAAGUUUCCACAUACCCAAUGCCAACACCCAAUUUUUUGGUGAUGAAAAUCGUCCUCCUCCUCAGGUUUUCUGUGAAAAAAUCAUGUCAGUGGCUAAUGUUGGUAUUGGAGUUGAGGAAGCUAUUGGUUUGAAUAUUAUAAACCUUGGAGAUGUACGAAUCACAGAUAGUGUGGCUGAGAUUCUUCAAAAUGAUGAUGAUGAUGCAGUUGAUCCACAUCUUGAACGCAUUAAGAACGAAGUUGGUGUGGAUGAAAGUGAUGAGGAGGAUGAGGACUUUGUUAUUGACAAGGACGACGGAGGUUCUCCGACUGAUGAUUCUGGGGAGGAAGAAUCUGAUGCUAGUGAAAGUGGAGAUGAGAAAAAGAAACCUGCGAAAAAGGAUCAAAGGAAGGAAGUUGUUGUUGCUGCAGCUGUCUCUUCUUCUAAAGAAAGUAAGAAGAAAGGUAGAGAUGGACAAGAUGAUGGAAAGAAGAAUAAAAGGAAAAAAAAGGAUCCUAGUGCACCAAAGAGGGCAAUGACCAGCUUCUUCUAUUUUUCACAGGCGGAAAGGGGUGGGUCUUAUAUAUAUACAGACACAUUUAUAGUGAAGAAAUAG